GCCACCUUUGGCCCCUCUGGCCUCCCCGGGGAGGGCCAGCCACCUGCGGGUAGGGGGAUGCCCUGAUGCCAGGGCAGGUGGCGCUGAGCGUGGCGGCGGCUGCGCUAGUGGCUGCCCUGUUCCUACUGCGGCGUGAAGACGCCGGGCCGGGGGCUGGACCCAGCAUGGACGACACAGAGGCGCUACCGAAGCUUCGGGAAGACUUCAGGAUGCAAAAUAAAUCCGUCUUCAUUCUGGGCGCCAGUGGAGAAACCGGCAGAGUGCUCUUAAAACAAAUUCUGGAACAGCGCUUGUUUUCCAAAGUCACGCUCAUUGGCCGGAGGAAACUCACGUUCGAUGAGGAAGCUUAUAAAAAUGUGAAUCAAGAAGUAGUGGACUUUGAAAAGUUGGAUGACUACGCUUCUGCCUUUCAAGGUCACGAUGUUGGAUUCUGUUGCCUGGGGACCACCAAAAAAAAAGCCGGAGCGGAGGGAUUUGUACGUGUUGACCGAGAUUAUGUGCUGAAAUCUGCAGAGCUGGCCAAAGCUGGAGGGUGUAAACAUUUCAACUUGCUGUCCUCCAUAGGAGCUGAUAAGUCGAGCAAUUUUUUAUUUCUACAAGUUAAGGGAGAAGUGGAAGCCAGGGUUGAAGAAUUAAAAUUUGACCGUUACUCAAUAUUUAGGCCUGGGGUUCUAUUAUGUGAGAGACAAGAAUUUCGCCCAGGUGAAUGGUUGGUUAGAAAGUUCUUUGGCUGCUUACCAGAAUCUUGGGCCAGGGGUCACUCUGUGCCUGUGGAGACUGUGGCUAGAGCAAUGCUCAACAAUGCCAUGAGGGCAAGCAACCAGAAGAUGGAACUUCUGGAUAACAAGGCCAUUCAUGACUUGGGGAAAAUUGAUACCUCUCUCAAGCCAUGAACACACUGGAGAAAUGCUGUUAUUAUAAACUUUAACACCCACCACCAACUUGGUAAUUUCAGGGUCUAAAAAAAUUUAGCAUAUUUUAACUUUGUUGUUUCACUCUUCUCAGCCACUCAGAUCCAUUCAAGAAAGGACUGUGCCCUGCCCUGCAUCAGAGGUUCAGAGCCUGGUUAUACAUACAGAUGGCCCAGGGAACUUGUGAAAAAUACAGAUUCGUAGGCCCUACCUCAAA